AUGGCGCACGUGGCACGAGAGUUAGACCUGAAUGCCUACUAUGGGCCCGGCACCGUUAUGGACAGAAUGAACGCGGUGCCGGGCUUAAAGACUAGUACAGCAUUCUUUUUCUUCCUACGAGCGAAUCUCGUCGUCAACCCUUCUGCGAUAUCAACACCGGAUAUGGAGCCGGCACCGUCAAGUACGCUUCCGCCGCCUUCGCCGUCACUACUUGUGACGGUUGAUCCGCCUACCAACCCAAUACCGCAAGAUCUACCCCCAUUAUCUGUCGGCACUAUAGACGGCGAAACCAACAAGCUAGAUGCGCUGAAUCUAGUAACGGACUCGAUAGCCCAGCAGCGACAAUCAUCUUCGUACCAUUUAAUUUUCCACCCAUACUUAUUAGCUAUUCUAACACUGAGCCUCGGUAUCGCUUAUCAAUACUCCUGGCGCAUAAAACGAGACCUCGGCACGGCGCUGAUGUUGCAUUCCGGGGUGAUUAUGACUUAUUUAAUGGCCAUUCGGUAUUUUACGGGCCAGUACAUACAAGUAGCCGAAAGCAUGAAAUGGAGUUGGAUGGUAUCCGAGGAUGGCGAGGAGGACACCGUCAUCGGCGUGCGAUUUGGGAAUGAUCUGAUUGGUGCUUUGGUAUUACGGCUCGAGCCAAAUCCGAGUCUAGCCGGGAAGAAGCGGAACAGAAAUUCGAUGCUUAAAGGUGGGAAGGGCGUGAUCCGAGCCUGGACGGUCAAGUUAAAGUAUCGACACAAGGGUGUCGGUUCCGAUAUGCUUCAUGAAGCUGUCAAAGUGACGAGGGAAAGGUGCGGCAAAGACGCCGAGGUUGGAUUCGCGAAAGAACACGCUAACAGCACUAUGGUACUACCCGAAGCUUUCAAUGGACCGUUUAGAAAAGAGGAACAAAGAGCCGCAAAGGCUUUAGAAAAGGUUCUAAACGAAUGGGAAGGCAGCAAGCGAAGACGAAAACUAUAG